AUUACCAUACUUAUGGCUGGGGUUCUGCGCACAGUAUUUCAGAGGCCUCCAGGCAGACUACAGACUGUGAAGAAAAGUGUAGAAUCUCUCAUUGGUACAGAAUGGAUUCGUCACAAAUUUACCAGAUCAAGAAUUCCAGAUAAAGUGUUUCAGCCUAGACCUGGAGAUCAUGAAAAAUAUGGUGGGGACCCCCAGAACCCUCAUAAACUGCACAUUGUUACAAGAAUAAGAAGUACAAAGAUGUGUCCAUAUUGGGAAAAAGAUACGAUCAAGAUGUUCAGACUACAGAAGGCACACAGCCCUGAGAUUCACAAGAAUGCAAAGCUGAAAAUGGUUAAACUCUUGAUAUGCAUCCAGCCCCUGCAGCUGCCUCAGGGACUUCCCACAGAAGAGACCAUGUCCAGCACUGGCCUCAAGAGCACUGGGGAGGUGGCUGUGCAGUGGCAUCUAAAGCCUGUGGAGCAAGAAGCAAAGUCCUGA